CUGCUAGCUUACUUAUUCCUACUGCAGAUGAGUAACUGGAAGAGGUGCAUUUUCACUCUCUGCUCCGAGACCUCAGCCUAAGGUUCCAGAAAACAUGCACUCCUUUCAGUUACUGUGUUCUCUCCUCCUCUGCAAUGCCCUGGUGGUAGCUGCCCAGAGAAAACUACAGAAAGUCCCUGAGCAGGAGGAGGAGGAGAACGUCACGCGGAUAAGGAUGCCUCAAACUCUCUCCCGAGGAUGGGGUGAUGAAAUUGAAUGGGUUCAGACAUAUGAAGAAGCUUUAGCUAUAUCAAGAAACAGCAAGAAACCUCUGAUGAUCAUCCACCACUUAGAAGAAUGCCCUUAUAGCCAAGCUUUAAAGAAAGCUUUUGUUUCCAGCCCAGAGAUCCAAAAGAUGGCUCAAGAGGAUUUUAUUAUGCUUAAUCUGGUGCAUUCGAGCACAGAUGACAACCUGGCCCCUGAUGGCCACUAUGUCCCUAGGAUCCUCUUUGUCGAUCCCUCUAUGACAGUUCGAGCCGAUCUGACAGGAAAGUAUAAGAACAAAAUGUAUGCAUAUGAACCAGAAGAUAUUUCAAACUUGAUUGAAAACAUGAGACGAGCAAAGACACUUCUCCACACUGAACUAUGAACAACGGGCCUGACCAGAUCUACACAUGCC